UGAUCACAAUUUAUGUCCACAAAACUACGGAUAACAAAAACUUUACCGCGGUCCAUGGAGCAAUUAAGAGCACACGCAGGCAGGUUAGCCUUGAUUUCGGCAGUCCAACGACACUUUCCCUCCCUCCCAGUUCGUUGAGGAUCCGAGAGUUCUGGGUCCGAGCGGCUGACUCUGCGAGCUGCGAUGCAUCGACGAGUGGCCAUGCGACCCGACCGGCCCUUCUCCCACCCACGCACCCUAAAACCUGGACACCUCCUCCUCUCUCUCCUCUAGAACGCGCGCAAGAACACACGUAGGAGAAACUGGACCGGCGCGCACCAACCCCGAACCACAUAACUAGGACGAGGCGAAGGAUUGUCAUCCAAGCCGCGUGAUCUUUAAUUCGCCGCCGCACGCCCUUGUCAUGGAAGGUGGCGGCUGGGCUGUCGGAGGCCACGCACUUGGCGCCGCCCAAGAACCGCGGGGGCAGCAGCAGCAUCGGGAGGAGGAGAAGGCAGCCGGAGCUGCCGCCGAGAGGAAGGGCGCUGGCGCCGGCGGCGGCGGCGGCAUGAAGUUCCGCGUGCGCGCGCGGGCGCCGCACGGUGUCGGGGCGCUGCUGCUCAUCGGCGGAGCGGCCGUCGUCGGGGCCGCCGUCCUCGCGUGGCGCCGCUCACGCCACGGCAACAAGGGUGGCUCCGUGGACCAGCCUGAUCGCCGGCUGCCAGCGAAAGUAGAGGGUUUGGAUGGCGGAAUUGUCGAGGAUGGGAAGGUUCAGGGUGGCUCAUUGGUGCAGAAGCUUAGUCAGUCUAAUGAGAUCUUGAGCGUGGGCAACACAGAUAUUGGAUCCGGUAGAUUGGAUGGCAACGCGUCAGAGGAAAGCCAUCAGAUUCACAAGGAUGGUGAAAUCACUGCAGAUCAAUCGGAGAGCAAGCAUGACGGGAAAAUUGAUGAGAAUUCAGGUAUCAAUCCUGCCGAGGUCCAAAUGCACGAUCAGGAGAGCAAGCAUGAAGAGAAAAACGAUGAGAAUUCAGGCAGCAAUCCUGUCGAGGUUCACAAACACGAUCUGGACAAAGAACAUGUCGAAGAAGUUGACCAGAAGUCAAGCAGCAACCAUGUUGAGAUCAGUGCGCAUGAUAUGUGUGAGGACAAUGAACAUGUUGAGAAAAUUGAUCACGUUGAAAGAAUCGAUCAGAAUUCGAGCAGGGACCCUGUCAAAGCCAUCAUGCAGGAAAUGAUCAAAGUUUGUUUGGUCAGUGGAAGCGUGGAGAAGGUGGAGGAAGAGGACUCAAGCAAGAAGGACUUGGAGAAAGAGAUAGCCCCAAAAGAUAAUAAAGAUAUGGAGGCCUCUGAUGGAAGCAAGCUCGGCGUCAACGGUCCAGAAACUGGAGGUGCUGUUGCAGACACUGAAGAAGAUGAUACUGUUGCAGAGACAGAAGAUGUUGUUACAGACACUGAAGAUACUGUUACAGACACCGAAGAUGCUCUUGCAGAAACAGAAGCAGAGAAAGGUGAAAGAGCAAUCGCGGACAAGGGUGAGCUCGAGCAGGACGAAAAGAAAGAUCUGGUAGCACUCCCUGAACUUGCCAGCUCACCAGCACUGUCAUCGUUGGUUAAGCCAACAGUAGUGAAGAAAGAGCUGGACUUUCCGAGACCCAACGAAACGGGGAUGAAGACAGAGCAAGAUUACACUAACGGUGAGCUGAGGGAGCACAAUGACCUGGUCAGCAAAGUGCAGGGAGAAGGUGGCGUCGCGACGACCAUGGAGUCCAGGAGCUCUGCUCUGAUGAUCAUUCUCGCUCUGAUAUUCGCGCUGGCCACGGGAAUAACGAUCGUCGUGCGCCUCUACUCCCCUUCCCGAGCAACGAAACUCCAGAUGGAUCUGCCAUAAGCCUGCAAUCGGUCAUCAAGUACGAUUUCUGAGGCUGCAAAGUUCCAUUGGGAUUUUUCGUGGCCUCGUACGCGCGCGCGCAUGAACGGCGAAGUUAGGAGCUGCUGGAGUGUGUGCAAGUACAAGAUAGGAAGAGAAGUCUACCAUGGUCAUGAACGAAUUCAUAUGGCCAUUGUGCAGCACGAUCUGUCUGUGCUGGAGAAGUUACACGUGUGGUGCCAGCUACCAAAAGAAAGAACCGAGGUCCGAGAGCAGUAGAGUAGGUUUCUUCCGGCUGAGGAGCGCUUGUUUUUCUUUUUUCUUCUUUUAAAAGAAAUAUAUAUUAUUUUGCAAGCCAUGUUAGUGCUGAUAGUCUAUGGAAAUGCCUAAACCAUGUUGAAGUUCGUGCUUGGUUUUGUUUGAUUU